AUGACAUCAUCAUCAUUACCUUCAGCAGAUUUUCAACAUUCCACUGCUAUCAGUAAAGCCCUUUUACUCUCUUUUUUUCCUUCCUUCUUUUUCUUCUUUUCUCUUUCACAUUCUCUUAUUUCUCUUUUUCACUUCCUCUUUUUCUUUCUCUUUUUCACUUCCUCUUUUUCUUUCUCUUUUUCACUUCCUCUUUUUCUUUCUCUUUUUCACUUCCUCUUUUUCUUUCUCUUUUUCACUUCCUCUUUUUCUUUCUCUUUUUCACUUCCUCUUUUUCCCUCUCUUUUUCACUUUCUCUUUUUCCCUCUCUUUUUCACUUCCUCUUUUUCCCUCUCUUUUUCACUUCCUCUUUUUCUUUCUCUUUUUCACUUCCUUUUUUCUUUCCCUUUUUCACUUCCUUUUUUCUUUCUCUUUUUCACUUCCUCUUUUCCUUCCUCUUUUCUUUCUCUUUUCACUUCUCUUUUUCUUUCUCUUUUCACUUCCUCUUUUCCUUCCUUUUUCUUUCUCUUUUCACUUCCUCUUUUUCUUUCUCUUUUUCACUUUUUUUUUCUCUUUUUCUUUCUCUUUUCACUUCCUUUUUCUUUCUCUUUUCACUUCCUUUUCUUUCUCUUUUCACUUCCUUUUUUCUUUCUUUUUCACUUCCUCUUUUCUUUUCUUUUUUUUCCUUUUUCUUUCUCUUUUUCUUUUUCUUUCUCUUUUCACUUCCUCUUUUCUCUCUUUUCCUUCCUUUUUCUUUCUCUUUUCACUUCCUCUUUUCCCUCUCUUUUCACUUCCUCUUUUCCCUCUCUUUUCACUUCCUCUUUCUUUCUCUUUUUCCUUCCUUUUCUUUCUCUUUUUCACUUCCUCUUUUUCUUUCUCUUUUUCACUUCCUUUUUCUUUCUCUUUUUCACUUCCUUUUUUCUUUCUCUUUUUCACUUCCUCUUUUUCACUUCCUCUUUUUCUUUCUCUUUUUCACUUCCUCUUUUUCUUUCUCUUUUUCACUUCCUCUUUUUUCCUUUUCUUUCUUUUUCACUUCUCUUUUCUUUUUCUUUUUCUUCUUUUUUUUUCUCUUUUUCCUUCCUUUUUCUUUCUCUUUUUUUCCUUUUUCUUUCUCUUUUCACUUCCUUUUUUCUUUCUCUUUUCACUUCCUCUUUUUUCUUUCUUUUCUUUUUUCACUUCCUUUUUCUUUCUCUUUUCACUUCCCUUUUCUUUUCUUUUUCUUCUUUUUCUUUCUCUUCCUUUUUCUUUCUCUUUUCUUCCUCUUUUCACUUCCUCUUUUUUUCUUUUUCACUUCCUCUUUUUCUUUCUCUUUUUCACUUCCUCUUUUUCCCUCUCUUUUUCACUUCCUUUUUUCUUUCUCUUUUUCACUUCAUUUUUUCUUUCUCUUUUUCACUUCAUUUUUUCACUUCCUUUUUUCUUUCUCUUUUUCAUUUUUUUCACUUUCUCUCGUUUUCUUUCUACUCUUCACUUUCUCUCGUUUUCUUUCUACUCUUCACUUUCUCUCGUUUUCUUUCUACUCUUCACUUUCUCUUUUUUUCAUUUUUCUUUUUCCUUUCAAUUUAA